AGUUUACUUUCAACAUGGAGCUUUGUCGAGGGCAUGUGGGUUACUACAGCGUGAUGUGAUAACAUGUAGGCGGUAGGCUAAGUAACCCUUUCCUGUACUUCAGAGGUAGCUUAUUGUUUGCUUGGGAGAAAGUAACUAAAGAUGUAGGCUGACAGCAGAAAGCACGUGCAUUGCAUGCGCUUCUGUCACAAUAUCUUGCCGCGCCAACAUGCCUCGUGCUAGCAAACGCGCUCGUAGAGAAGAUGUUUCAGUGGAGCUCGCAUGUGAGUGGGGACGCUGUGAAGCAAUGUUCAGUGAAAUGCAGGAAUAUUGUCGUCACGUAGAAGAACACCAAACUUCUACUGACUGCUUGGACACUGCAGAGGAUGACAUCGACUCCGUUUGCCUGUGGAGGGACUGUGGCUGUGCAAUGGACAGUGCGAUAUUACUGAGACAUGCUUUGUUCCACUGUUACCAUACCAAAUUGAAGCAGUGGGGACUGGCCAUCCUUCAGAAACGGCCCCGUCUCGGCACCUGUGUUGUGGGCCAGCAUAACCGCAACAUCAUUCCUGGGGUCCCGGACAGAUUUACAUGCCAUUGGGAGUACUGUGGGGUCUCUAUGGACAAUGCGGAGUGGUUCUAUCGCCAUGUUGAGAACCAUGUCCAGUCCUUGAGCGUGGCAUCCACUGGGAAACAACAGAAAAUGCUAUGCUGUGGCUGGACAGAUUGCAAGGCUGGAUAUAAGGGGCAAUUUAAGCUGCGUGAACAUGUGCGCAGCCACACCCAGGAGAAGAUAGUGGCGUGUCCAUUUUGUGGGGGGAUGUUUGCCAACAACACCAAAUUUUUUGACCACAUCCAACGGCAGACCACCACUGACGACCAGAAGUUCCUGUGUUCCCACUGUCUGAAGUCCUGGCCCACAGAGAGGUUACUGCGAGACCACAUGAGGAACCAUGUUAAUUCCUACAAAUGUACACUGUGUGACAUGACUUGUCCAUCCCCAUCUGCUGUCAAAAAACACAUGAAAUUCCGGCACAGCACUGAAAAACCAUAUCGUUGUGAGCUCUGUGAGUACAGCUGUAAAAAUGAGGCUGACUUGCUCAAACACUUUGACAAGCACAACCUGGAGCCUGUCUACCAUUGUGCCAGCUGCGAUUUCAACACUCAUUCCAUGCAGACCCUCAGAAGUCAUUACAAAAGGGUACAUGAGCUGGGAGAUUCAGCGCCCCGUUACGUGUGCCAUGUGUGCGAGCAGUCCUUCUCCAGAGGCAACAACCUGACUGUCCACCUACGCAAGAAACACCGCUUCAAGUGGCCCUCAGGACACGCCAGGGUCAGAUACAUAGAGAACCCAGACGGCGUCAUGCGGCUGCAGAUGUUUCGAUACGAGACCGCCGAGUUGACCGAGGCACCUGGAGCAGGACACCCCUCAGGCCAAUCUGCCCACGGCCAAGGCCCCGUGCUGGGCUGCAGGGCUGGAACAGCUGGGCCUCUCACGUCUGCAGAUGGAGCAAAUGGAGCCGAGAGGAGGAUGGGAACUAGUGCUGAACAACCAGUGGAUGGGACCGUGCAAGAGUACCUGGAGAAGGUGUGCCGUGAUUGGAUGGGUGAGGGGUCUGUGGAGACGCGUGCGUUGGCAGAGGAUGACUCGCUGAGGCAGUAGGUGCCCUAACCUGGAGUAUUGGACUGAGUAGUUUGCUGCACUUUAAGUGUGUUCCACUAACUGAACAUGUUGAUUCACAGGGAUGCAAAUCUUACAGGUAGUGAAUCUCUCAAGGCUUGGGUCAUGAAGGUAUUUUCAUAAACAAGUCUCAGUUUUUGAUGAUGUUUGGUGUUUGGACAGAUUUAUGGAGGUAUGCGGAGAUAAAUGCCAAGCAAGGCUCACUGGUCAUUCCACGUCAUCUUGAAAUGUCAAUGUUUAAAUAUAAAUCUUCUGCAGCUGGUCUUGUACUGUGCAUUAAACUGGAAUGUAGUGAGAGCAAUGCUUUAGAGCUAUCCACUGCUUAAAUAUGUUCAGGGUGGUGACAUGUCCUAGCACACAAUCAACACGGCCUGCUGAAUGUGUUUUCUAAAAGAAGUCAGAAUCUGACCAAACUGUUAGCCGUUAAUCAGUCAGCCUGGGCUGAUUUGUGAAGGGUGAAGCAUGUUGCUUCUGUUUUUUUUUUAUUGCACAAUGGUGUCCUCUGAUGGACAAUGAAAUGUCCAUAGCAUUUUGAUGCCUUGUUUUGGGUCUUGUCUGUGUGCCAUAGCCUCAGAAUUAUCAAAGUAGUUUUGUGGUUGUGUUGUUGUAACCCAUUUAAAGAUUGUCCCAGUUUCUUGUAUUCUUGCAUUUGAAGUCACCUGCACAAUUUUCUUGUCACCGUCGGCUAGUCGGUCACAAGAUGUUUCUCAGAACCCCUCCAGUAAAAUAUGAUCGAAUACAA